AUGGAAUCAAAUAAUAAUAAUAAUAAUAUUAAUAUUAUUAAUAAUAAUAAUAAUAAUAAUAAUAAUAAUAAUAAUAAUAAUAAUGUAGAUAAAACCGAUAAUAGAAAUAAUGAAAAUAAAAAUAAAAAAAAUAUGAAAAGUAAAGCAAAAGUAGAAUGGGUCCCAAAGAUUAAGCCUGCUGAAUCAACAACAAGUACCGCUAUAACAUCCGAUAAAGAACCAUCUACAGCUAUACCUACCACAAAAACAACCGCAACCACAACAGCUACAAAAACUUCAACAGUUUCACAACCUCAAAAAGAAUCCAAAAAACCAAAAAAAGGUGAUGUUAAAAAAUCAAAUAUUGAUAUAGAAAAAUCACUCUCUAACUUAAGUUUAGAUUCAAAUAAACCAUCACAAAGAAGUAAAAAAGAAAAGUCUUUAGAUUCAAUUGCACAAGAAAACUUAUUAGAUCCCCCCAAUCAAAUGGCUUCGACAACGACUGCUACGUCCACAGAGAAUAAAAUUCCAAAACCAAGAAAAGAAAGAAAUAAAAAACCCAAAGGGAUUUCUAUAACUCCAUCAGUUGCUAGUACCGAAUCUCACGCACAAAGUUCAACUAAUGAAUCAGUACCAAAAGCCAAACAAAAUAAUAAGGAUGGUAAAAAAGAAAAUAAACCAGCUAAGCAACCACAACAGAAAAAAGAUACUAAACCCUCUGCACCAGCCAAGCAACCACCACAACAAUCACAACAGCCACCACCACAACAACAACUAGGACAACCAAUAGAACAGUCACAACAGCCACUACAACAACAAUCACAACCAAAGCAACCAAAGCAACAAAAACAAAAACAAUCAAAACAAUCGAAACAAUCACAAGAACCGCUACAACAACAGUCACAAUCAAAUAAAGAUCUUGGCGAACCAGAAAAUAAAGAUAAAAAAGUUAGAAGGAACAAUAGAAAUAAACAAGAUAAAGAAGGUAAAGAAGUAGUAGCAAAAGAGAAAAAAGAAGGAAAAAAUAAAACAGAUAAGAAGGAAAAGAAAGAUGAGAAAGAAACGAAAGGGUAUAGAGAAAGAAGAAGAGAAAAAAGAGAGAGAGAAAGAAAUGAAUUGAAAUCUAAAAAAAUUGGUUCAAAUGAUUCAAAUGGUUCAAAUGAUGGCAAUAAUAGAAAAGGUGAAAAGAAGAAAAGACAAUUUUAUACUCCAUACAUCACCAAAGAACAACUUGAUCAAGGUUUGGCUGAAGGAAAAUACUUUUUUGGUACCCUUAGAGUUAAUUCGAAGAAAUAUCGUGAUGCAUAUAUUACCGUUGAUGGGUUACUUCAUGAUGUUUAUUGUGGUGGUUUAAAAGAUAGAAAUAGAGCUUUCAAUUCUGAUAUUGUUGUCUUUGAAGUACUUGAUGAAAAAGAAUGGAAAAAGAGACCAAGCAAAGAAGAUGAGGAAGAUGAUAUUACCGCAAAUGCUGCCCUUAAAGAUGCCACUGUCGAUCCAAAUGAAUCAGAUGAAGGAACAGUAGUUUUAUUAGAAAAUGAAGACUUUAAUAAGAAAUUAGAAGCAGAGAAUAAACUUUUAAAAGAAUGCAUAACCGCCGAAACUCCACUCAACCACGAAGCCAAAGAGAAAGAAGAUGAUAUUAAAGAAAAUAUUGAAUCAGACGAAUCCGAUGAUAGUGAAUCUGAAAGUGACAGCACCGAUGAGGGUUUUGUUAAAAUUAAAGUUAAAUCUGAAAAAGAGGCUAUACACCAUACCUUAGACACUGACACUCAAACCAUCACCUCUAAUGCCACUACCAUUACCACCACUGUUACUUCCGAUCUAUCCACAAAUUCUGGAACCCCAUCAAAACAAUCAAAUACUCCAACCGCUCCAAUAAGAGAUCACAAUAUUGGCAAGCUCGAAAAAUUAGUAAUCAAAGCCUAUGAUUCAAAACUAUAUGUUUCCGUAAAGAUUGUUUAUGUUUUAGAAGUUAAACAUACCAGAAAUCAUGUUGGUAUUUUAAUUGAGGAAAAUGAAAACUCAAUUUUUACAAGUUUUGCUCCAAUGGACACAUCAUUACCAAAAUGUUGUAUAUUUAAAGACUCUAUUCCUCAAUAUAAAUCAGAGUCUGAAAAAUAUAAGAGGGCCCUAGUAAUGAUUAGCUAUUCAUCAUGGAAAGACACAGCAUUACUCCCAUGUGGUCAUUUUAUAUCAUUAUUUGGUGAAUGUGGCAAAAUUGAACCAGAGACUCAUGCGCUUUUGAGCGAGUUUGGUGUUGAAACUGAUCCAUUCUCAAGAGAAGUCAUGGACUGCUUACCCAAAGUACCAAAUUCAUCAAAAUGGUUACCAAGUAAACAAGAUUUAGCCGAUAGAAGAGAUUUAAGAACAUAUGAAAUUUGCACAAUUGAUCCAGAUACCGCCAAAGAUUUAGAUGAUGCUUUACAUUGUAUCGAAUUACCAGAUGGCAACUUUGAAGUUGGUGUUCAUAUUGCCGAUGUGUCCCAUUUUGUUAAAAGUGGCACAGAAUUAGAUAAAUGUGCUCAAAGAAAAGCCACCACCGUUUAUUUAGUUCAAAAAGCCAUUCCAAUGUUACCAUCUCUCUUAUCAGAAGAACUUUGUUCAUUAAAUAUGGGUGUUGAACGUUUAGCCUUCUCUGUUAUUUGGAAGCUUUCACCUUCUGGUGAAAUUUUAGAAGAGUGGUUCGGUCGUUCAGUAAUUAAAUCAUUCUGUAGAUUAACUUAUGGUAUUGCUCAAGCUUUAAUCGAUGAUAAAAUUACCAAUUGUUGGGAAGAUUUUGUACCAAAAGAAAAGGUUAAAAAAGAAUUGGGUCCAAAUACACCAGAACACAUUUUAAGAGUCAAAAAAUCAGUAAUGGGUCUAAGAGGUAUCGCCAAAUGUCUCAGAAACACUCGUAUCGAAAAUGGUGCAUUCACAAUUCAUCCAAGCAAACUAGCAUUCGAACUCGACGAAAAAGGUAAUCCAAUUAGUACUAAAAUCUAUCCAAUCUAUGAAAGUAAUAACUUGGUUGAAGAAUACAUGCUCUUAGCAAAUAUGAGAGUUGCCGAAAGAAUCGCUAAAUUCUUCCCAUCCAAUGCUCUCCUUAGAAAACAUCCAUCACCAAAUGAAAACAAACUAGAAUCAUUCAUUAGUUUUUGUGCUAAACAUGGAUUUGAAAUCGAUACCUCAUCAUCAUUAACAUUUGGUGAAUCUAUAAAGAAACUUAAAGAAACUGUUGGUGAUAUUGACAUUUUAAUGGCAAUUCAACUACUUUCAAUCAGAUCAAUGAAAUUGGCAGAGUAUUUCUGUACAUCAACUGAAGAAGAAGAAGACUGGCGUCACUAUGCACUCAAUGCCCCAUUCUAUACCCAUUUCACCUCUCCAAUCCGUCGUUAUGCUGAUAUCAUUGUCCAUAGAUUAUUGGAUCUCUCUAUAAAGAUUGAAAAUGCUUCAACUGAUAAACAUAAAGAAGAAAUUCUAGGUACAUUAUUUAGCAAACUUCCAUCAUCCGAAUUAGUUUGUACAAUUGCAAAGAAUUGUAACGAAAAGAAGUUGAAUGCACGUAAAGCUCAAGAACGUAGUGAUAAAGUUUUCCUUUGUGUACUUUUAGAAAACCACCCAACAACCUGUGGUGCUGUUGCUUUAAAUACUGGCUCAACUUUUAUCACCUGUAUCGUUCCACAAUUUGGAAGUGAACAAAAAAUUUAUUUAGAGGAUUUAAAAGAAAAAGGAGAUAUUCUUGACCAUUCAUACGAUGCUUCAACUGGUGAAAAUCUUGUUAAAUGGCCUGCAUUAAACGAUGGCCAACCAGAUAUUAUCCAAAGAAUUUCACAAUUAACAACUAUGAAGGUAUUAAUUGUUGUCAACAAAGAAAAAUUCCCAAUAGAUACAAAAUGUUUCUUAGUUCAUCCAAAUCUUUAA